GCACGACGUCGUUACGGGAUCGGUAGCGAUUGUAUAGGGCCACUAUCGUGGCCGAUUGUUGCACGGGUGCACAACGUGGGGACGACGACGUCGCCGUCGCGGCAUUAGGUUGCGGAACGACGACCAAGCAGUAUGGACCGGUUCGCUUGUGCCGUCGUCGUUUUAGAUUAUCGCGCGCGCAGCAACCCGAAAAAUUACGAUUUUCCCCGUCGAUCCCGGUCACUCGUCGUCCGCGGACUCGCGAACACGAUCCGUAAGCGCGAUCGCGUCGUUUGCUCGGUGAAACCCGCCGGUCGAUGCGCGUCCUCCUGUUCAUCGGGCGUUCGCGAAAAGUAGAAGAUUUAGAGAGAAAAUAAUUAACAAACGUGAGCUGAAUAUUAAGCAUGUGACAUGUCGUCGACGAACAACGACUCCGAAGACGACGAUCCCAGGGUGCAUUCGUCCGGGAUGUCGUCGUCAUCCGCUCCGCCUUGCGGCAGACGUUACGAGCUUUCGAAAUCCGAGUUGCGAAAGAACAAUAAGCCAAUUAUGGAAAAGAAAAGGAGAGCCAGAAUUAAUCAAUGUCUGAACGAGUUGAAAACACUUAUAUUAGAUGCGCUCAAAAAAGACCCGGCAAGACACACGAAAUUGGAAAAAGCUGAUAUUCUGGAAAUGACGGUGCGACACCUGCAGUCCUUGCAUCGAGGUGGUGCAAGCAGUCGACACCCACCGGUGCCCGUGGCAGCCACUGGUCCAACGAUUGAAGCAUCGUCAUCGUCGUCUGCAGCUUUGACCGCGGUAGUGGUACAAAAGUUCCAAACGGGUUACCAAGAGUGCGCGGGCGAGGUGAACCGGUUCGUCGGACGGUUAGACGGUGUGGACGAUGACAUCAAGAAGCGGUUGAUGUCACACCUAGAUUCGUGCGUGGCCAAAAUGAGGUACGUCGCGGCGACUGCGGCCACACCACCGCCCGUACACAAUUACUCGUUGCAGCAACAGCAGCAGAUCGACCCGUUAGCAACGGCCCUGGUGCCGAGCACUGCGGCGGGCCCUCUGCAUUUGCUGCCCGACAUUGCGCUCGUCCCGUCACCCGUGCCACUGCCACCGCCCCCGCAGCCACCGCCCCCGCAGCCCGUCGGACGUCUUCGGACGAGUGCGUUCACCGCUGUGCACGGUUUGUCGUCGUCACCACCGAGGACCGAUCAUCGGUCACCAUACGGCGUGUUCUGCGACGAGCCCGCGGUGUCGUCCACCAGCUCGUGGGCCGAGGACGUGGCCGCGGCCGCUGCGGUUACGGAUAAGAACCCGCCGCUGGACUUCUCGAUGAAAAAGCCGAUGGCGACGGCCGCGUGCACUGGCAAAAAGCCUCUAGGUGACAUACCGGUAAACGUUCCUACUGCGGUCGCCUCGUCUUCCCACAAGACCGGCUCGGCGCCUGGUAGCCACCGCGUGACCCCCGCUACCAACAGGCCAACCGCAGCCCCCGCGGCCGGACCUCACGAUGGUCCCGGCACGGACCCGAACAUGUGGAGACCCUGGUAACGCGUCGCGCGCCCGUCUCUCGGUUCAUAUCACGUGUUCUACCGUAACCACGAAUGUGUUCUUUAUGUUUAACCACCAAUCAACCGAUCUUGGUUACGCAUUAUUGUUAUACCGUUUAAUCGUAAAAUUCAUCGCGAUGUGUGAUCGCGCGCGUUCAAAAGUCGGACGAAAAUAUCAGUUCUACCGGCCGUUGCAUGUUCACCUCGGUCACAUGUAACAAGGCCCACGUGUAACGCAUAACGGUGCACCUAAACGCGACCCUGCGGUCCGCCAAUCGGAGACAGUUGUUUUACGUGACAUGACACGGUACGGCGGUAUAUGAACUCGACAAAAUACUCUGUGUUACUAGAUUUAACCACUACAUUUUGCUUGUAAAACAUAUUUAUACGCAUAUUUUUUAUGACAUGUUACGAAGUUUGAUUUAGCGUCGUAUUCGAUGUGAAUCAUACGUACACGUGUAAUCACGUUGUUACAUUACAUUUAAGAAUAUCUAUGUUACCAAAGAUUCUAUAGAGCUAUAUAAUAUUUCUUAUUUAUGACUUUAUUAUUAUAACUUUUAAUUUUUUUUUCCACAGACGAUAUUGUAAUUUUUUUUUUUAAAUCGUUCAACACUUUUACAUCAUAUAUAUAUACACACACCUAUGUACACUAUAUGUAGUGCAUAGUAUAUGUCAUACCUUCUUCCAUUAUUUUCAUUAUUUUUUUUUUCUUUUAGAUUUGUUUAAUAGAUCCUUUUAUUGUUUGAUUGCAUAGGUCGAAUGACGCUUGUUUAAUAUUAUCCCAAAUGCUUAGACUUACGUAUUAACAUAUUUUUUUUA